UCGUACUGAGACAUUGUACAUCAGUAGCGUCCUUUGGCGGGUGACGGUGCCAAUUUGACGAGUUAGCUUCCCCACGCUCUACAAGCAUGCCACCAAAGCAAGCACCGAAAGGUGGGAAGAAAGAGCCAUCAAAAAAGCCUAUGAAACCCAAAGAGGGUGGUGGGAAAGCAAAGAAGAAAAAAUGGUCGAAGGGAAAAGUUCGGGAUAAACUAGCUAAUAUGGUGUUGUUCGACAAUGCAACUUUUGAAAAGCUACUAAAAGAAGUUCCUCAGUACAAGGUUAUAACACCUUCUGUUGUGUCAGAACGCUUAAAAAUUCGGGCGUCUCUGGCACGUCAUGCUCUCGAGGAGCUGUGGCGACGAGGUUCCAUAAAAAUGGUCUGCAAACAUAAUUCACAGCAGAUAUACACAAGAACAACAAAGACAGACUAAUUGUACAAUUACAUGUAUUUGGUACUCAGACUUCUUUUUCAUGUUUGAUUAAAAUGGGGUGUUAACUGUUAAAUUACAUUUUGCUUAGGGAUGAGAUUAAAUCAAGAAACA